AUGGAUUAUUAUGAUGACAGAGAAGAGGAAGUCCAUCCCUCUAAAUCGGCUCUGUAUGAGGAAGAUUACAGCCGUUUCAGAGCUAAGAGACGUGGACCUUCUCCCAGUGCUUUGUCUCUCAGCAGCGACUGGUCUAAGGAUGGACGUGUGGAUUUUCGAGGAAGGGGUCAGCCUACGAGAUCAGAGGUUCCCUCUGUCCUUUCUCCCCAGCAUGAUCCAACAGAGCUGGACUCCAUAUCUAAGCUCCUUGAGGAGAAAAUUGUCUGUUAUGUGAAGGACGAGCUGAAAAAGAUCCAGAAAAUUCUGAGUCUAGACAACCAAGAAUGCUUAGAGAGUAGCGGAGAGGAUGACAAAGUUUUGGACGCUGCAGAGGAGAAGCAGAGGCGGAGCAGCAGAGAGGCUUUUCAAAGGAUCGCUCAGUACUUCCUGAGGAAAAUGAAGCAGGUGGAGCUGGCUGACUGUCUGCUCAACGGAACUGGUGGUGCAAAGUGCAAACGUAAGCUGAAGUCUAACCUGAAGAAGAAGUUCCAGUGUGUGUUUGAGGGGAUCGCUAAAGCAGGAGACCCAACCCUUCUGAAUGAGUUCUACACAGAGCUCUACAUCACAGAGGGAGAGACUGGUGAGGUCAACGAUGAACAUGAAGUUAGAUGGAUCGAAACAACAUCCAGGAAACCAUACAGACCAGAAACAACCAUCAGACAGGAAGACAUAUUUAGAGGCAUACCUGGAAGAGAUGAACCAAUCAGAACAGUGAUGACAAAGGGCGUGGCUGGCAUCGGGAAAACAGUCUUAACACAGAAGUUCACUCUGGACUGGGCUGAAGGCAAAACCAACCAGGACAUCCAGUUCACCUUCCCAUUCACUUUCAGAGAGCUGAAUGUGCUGAAAGAGAGAAAGUUCAGCUUGGUGGAGCUUGUUCAUCACUUCUUCAAUGAAACCAAAGAAGCAGGACUCUGCAGGUUUGAACAGUUCCAGGUGGUGUUCAUCUUUGACGGUCUGGAUGAGUGUCGACUUCCUCUGGACUUCCACAACAACCAGAUCCUGACUGAUGUGAAAGAGUCCACCUCAGUGGAUGUGCUGCUGACAAACCUCAUCAGGGGGAACCUGCUUCCAUCUGCUUGCCUCUGGAUAACCUCACGACCUGCAGCAGCCAAUCAGAUCCCUCCCGAGUGUGUUGACCUGGUGACAGAGGUCAGAGGGUUCAGAGACCCUCAGAAGGAGGAGUACUUCAAGAAGAGAUUCAGAGAUGAGGAGCAGGCCAACAGAAUCAUCUCCCACAUCAAGAUAUCCAGAAGCCUCCACAUCAUGUGCCACAUCCCAGUCUUCUGCUGGAUCACUGCUAAAGUUCUGGAUUACACACUAAAGAGUGAGGAAAGAGAGCUGCCCAGAUCCCUGACUGAGAUGUACAUCCACUUCCUGGUGGUCCAGACCAAAAUAAAGAAAAUCAAGUAUGAUGGAGGAGCUGAGACUGAUCCACUCUGGAGUCCAGAGAGCAGGAAGAUGAUUGAGUCUCUGGGAAAACUGGCUUUUGAGCAUCUUCAGAAAGGAAACCUGAUCUUCUAUGAACCAGACCUGAUGGAGUGUGGCAUCGAUAUCAGAGCAGCCUCGGUGUACUCAGGAGUGUUCACACUGAUCUUCAGAGAGGAGAGGGGACUGUACCAGGACAAGGUGUUCUGCUUCGUCCAUCUGAGCAUUCUGGAGUUUCUGGCUGCUCUUCAUGUCCAUCAGAUCUUCACCAACUCUGGAGUCAACCUGAUGACAGAGAAACCAACGCCAGCUUGGAUCCCUAAAAACGUGAUAGACAAACCAAAGCUUCAUCAUCUCCAUCAGACUGCAGUGGACCAGGCCUUACAGAGUCCAAACGGGCACCUGGACUUGUUCCUUCGCUUCCUCCUGGGUCUUUCACUCCCAGACAAUCAGAUCCUCUUCCAAGGCCUGCUGAGACAGACAGGAAAGAGCUCAGAGGCAAAUCUGAAAACAGUCCAGUACAUCAAGACAAAGAUCAAUGAGAGUGUGUCUGCAGAGAAGAGCAUCAAUCUGUUCCACUGUCUGAAUGAACUGAACGAUUGUUUUCUAGUGAAUGAGAUCCAACAGUCCUUGAGAUCAGGACGUCUCUCCACAGAUAAACUGUCUCCUGCUCAGUGGUCAGCCUUGGUCUUCAUCUUACUGUCAUCAGUAAAAGAUCUGGAUGCAUUUGACCUGAAGAAAUUCUCUGCUUCAGAGGAGACUCUUCUGAAGCUGCUGCCAGUGGUCAAAGCAUCCAACAAAGCUCUGCUGAGUGGAUGCAAGCUGUCAAAAAGCAGCUGUGAAGCUCUGUCUUCAGUCCUCAGCUCCCAGUCCUCCAGUCUGAGAGAGCUGGACCUGAGUCACAAUGACCUUCAGGAUUCAGGAGUUGAGCUUCUGUCCUCAGGACUAAAGAGCCCACACUGCAAACUGGAAACUCUCAAGUUGAGUGGAUGCAACCUGUCUGAGAGAAGCUGUGAAGUUCUGUCUUCAAUCUCCAACUCCGGGUCCUCCAGUUUGAGAAAGCUGGACCUGAAUGACAAUGACUUGCACAAUGCAGGACUGCAGCAUCUGUCUGCUGGGCUGGACAGCCCUCACUGCAAACUGGAAUCUCUCAGUCUGGCAGGCUGUCUGAUCACAAAGAAAGGCUGGGAUUCUCUGCUCUCAGCUCUGAGUUCCAACCCUUCCCAUCUACGAGAACUGGACCUGAGCUACAAUCACUUAAUGAGCUCAAGAACGAAGCUGCUGUUUGAAGUAGUUGAGGAUUCAAACUGUAGACUGGACACUCUCAGUGUGGACCACGGUGGAGAGCACAGGCUGAUACCUGGCCUGAAGAAGUAUUUCUGUGAACUCACCCUGGACUCAGACAUGGCACACAGACGCCUCAAACUGUCAAAAGACAAGAAGACGGUGACUCGGGUGAAAGAGGAUCAGCCAUAUCCUGAUCACCCAGACAGAUUUGACUUCUCUCCUCAGCUGCUGGGCAAAGAUGGUCUGACUGGUCGUUGUUACUGGGAGGUGGAGUGGAGAGGAAGUGUCUAUAUCUCAGUGACUCACGUAGGAAUCAGAAGGAAAGGAGACAGCGCCGACUGUGUGUUUGGACGGAAUGAUCACUCCUGGAGUCUCAUGUGCUCUAAUGUUGGUUUCUCUGUCUAUCACAACAACAGAGAAACUCAAGUUCCUUUCUCCUUGUUCCCUGUCCCUAACAGAGCAGCAGUGUAUGUGGACUGUCCCUCUGGCUCUCUGUCCUUCUACUGCGUCACCCCUGACUCUCUGAUCCACCUCUACACCUUCAACACCACAUCUGCUGAACCCUUCUAUCCCGGGUUUACACUCUGGUCUUAUGAUUCCUCAGUGUCUCUGUGCUCUCUGUGA